AAAAUCAAGUCGCAGUCCACAAACAGCUUUUUCAAGUACAAAGGCACUGACAUCAACAGAAAUCAUCAGCCCAAACACACUUACAACAGUGAGUCAUUCAGCAUCCACUAUUAUCCCUCUUUCAAAUACCACUGUUACUAUGACAACACCCCAUACAACUCCCCAGUGCCAUGAUAAGGACUGUCCAGGGUGUAGUGGUACCUGUAUAUUCGACAUGAUGCUUGGAGGAUGUCACUGCAGCUGUCAAGAGUUUGUCUUUGGAGAUACCUGUGUGUUUGGGGAAAAUAACACCUCUGCUAAUAUUGAUACUGGAGCCAUACCAACUCGAAAAGCAAACUUUACUUUGGAAAUUCACUUCACUUUUCAGACGGCUUUUAAAAAUUUAAGUUCACCACAGUCAUUAGAAUUCAUCAAAAAACUGGAAGAGGAGCUUGAACCCCUGUGUAAAGAAGCUGAUCCACAAAGCUAUAAAACUGUUAAAGUCAUCAACUUAUCACCUGGAAGUGUUGUUGCAGAGAGCAUGGUGGAGUAUAUCUAUGUAAAUAAUGAAACUCAAAUCCAGUUUGUCAACACUCAGCUUGAUAAGGUGUUGACUGAUAUCUUAAAUGACACAAGUAACCUCAAUAAGAUCUCUCAGGCCUUUAAUGCGAGUGUGCAGUUCAAUGGACUCACCUUCCAGUCACCCGAGAUUAAAAAUAUCACAGACCUGAAGCCUUUUGUUAACUGUAGUCACUUUGCUAAUUACACCGCUGAGAUCAGUCAUGGUCAGUGGCAAUGUGUGGGACCUUGCAAAAUAAACCCUGAUUACUGUCAUCAACACGGAGAAUGUAGCAAUAACAUUUACAAAGGACCUACCUGUAGUUGCUUCGAAUCUAGCCUGGAGCAGUACUAUGGCACACAGUGUGAGCUCUUCCGUCAUGGACCAGGUUUCUAUGGAGCACUGUUUGGAUCAUUGGCAGGAGCACUAGUGCUCAUGAUUAUCAUAGUCAUAGCUCUCAUUGUGAGAAAGCGACAUCAGGGUGUUUGGAAAAGAAGUAACUCCUGUAACAGUAGGCUUUCUGUUUUCGAUGACGAUUUCUUUGACUUUUCUGAUACAGGUCUGUAGAUUUUUUGUUGUUUUUGUGAACAGUGAACAUUUUCUCAGUAAGUACAGUAACAUUUGCAGUUUCCUCAUUUCAAAGGAGAUCAAAACUUUGGAUAUGCAGGCCCUUACACAUCAGGGGGUUUCAGGCAGCAUCUGCAAAAUGCUGACCCUCAAUUGCAGGUACUCCAAUUAACUAUUCUGAUAUUAUAU